AUGUCCUUCAACUGCUCCACAAGAAAUUGCUCUUCCAGGCCAACUGGAGGACGCUGUACUAUCCAGGCCCCAGGGGGUACAGCUGCGACCCAAGAUAUUGACUGCUUGAGUGGCAUCUAUUUGCCUAGCUCCUUCCAAACUGGCUCUUGGCUCCUGGACCACUGUCAGGAGACCAGCUGCCAGCCCACUGUUUGCCAGCCAACAUAUUACCAGCGAACUUCUUGCGUCUCCAACCCUGUCCAGGUAACUUGCUCUCGACCAACAACCUGCUCAACUCCCUGCAGCCGGCCACUCACCUUUGUGUCCAGUGCUUGUCAGCCCAUGGGAGGCAUUUCCAGUGUCUGCCAACCAGUGGGUGGCAUCUCCACUGUGUGCCAACCAGCCUGUGGGGUCUCCAGGAUGUACCAGCAGUCCUACAUGUCCAGCUGCCGAAGACCUUGCUAA